GAGAGAAUAGUGAUGAAAAGGAGAAGAACAUGGCUUCUGAAUGAAUCAAUCAUAAAUAUAAAUUACCAACUUCGUGUUGAAAAUAACUUAACUCAUAUUUUGGGGAGUCAAUCAGAAGGUACAACAACAAUAGGAAUAGAUUCAGACAUAGAUAAACUUAUUUGUUAUAAAACACUCCCUGUAACACAAGACUGGAGUGACUGGAUACCUGGUGAAAAUAAUCUUUUGAUGAUUCAAGAUAAUUCUGUAUCUCCUGGAUAUUGUUUACUUCAAGUGCUGAGAGAUGAUGCUCCUCUUCCUCUUGAUGAGCCUCUUGAUGAUGAAUCUGAUCAAUACUUCUUUAAAGACAGAACAGGAAAAAUACUUUUUCAAAAAUUCUAUAGUAUCUUAUAUAAAUAGAGACGGUGAUGUACAUGGGCCAGCAGGUGUACAUCAAGGACCAGGCUACUGUGAUAUAGAUAAUGUGUUUGCUCUACAUUGUUACAACAUGGCCACAACAAGCUAGACAAUGGUUGGAUCAACAAGGUGAAGGUCAAUGGCCGUCUGCUGAAAUGAAACAAUAUUGCAGCAGAACUGGAUGCUUUGUUGUUCCUGUUGGAUGUAGUGGCAGUGAACAUGAGCAACUUGAAUGGAGAAUAUCAACAUCUUUAGCAGAGAGGUGUUUAAUGUUCAACCUGAAUAUUACACAGAUUCGCUGUUAAGUCUUAAUCAAAAUGAUUUUAAAAACAUUUAUUAAUCUAUUAUUUCAAGAUGUGAUAUCCAGUUACAUGUGUAAAACUGUACUCUUCCACUGUAUUGCUUAUACACAUUCUAACAUCUGGAGAGAAAAUAACUUACUUUCUUGUCUAUCACUGUGUUUAUUUCUACUGUACAACAGUAUCAUUAAUGAAAAUUGUCAACAUUUUAUCAUACCUGGGAACAAUUUAAUGAGGGGAAAAAUUUCACCUGUAGUCAAACCAUAUAUCCUGGAAAUACUCAUCAAUAUCAUCAACAGUGAAGGAGUGGCACUACUUGGGACUAAAUGUGAUGAUCUUGGUUCCAGGCUUCAUCUCAAGUUUAAUAACUUCUGUCUAAUCA